UAUAUGUUUGGUAUGCCAUAUACUUCAGUUUACUCAAAUUCACGUAGUGAACACGAUUUGUAAUGAAGCUGGAGCAGGCAAAUAACCCAUUGGAGAAACAAGUCAAAGAAGGGUCGUAUAAAUUUCCGAACAACCUCUGGAAGAAUGUUAGCAGUGAAGCUAAGGAUCUUAUAACAAAACUGCUUACUGUUGGUCACAGAAAAUGCAUCACGGUUUCAGAAGCUCUGGAACAUCCUUGGAUGAAGGAUAAAGAAAUGAUAGAAAAAGCAGAAAAAAUGAUAAACCGACCGUGGAUGGAAGAUCAAUGUCUCCGCCCUUAUAAAAGGUAUGUUGAAAACUACGAUACUUGUCCCGUUCUUCCGUCCAAUGACCCUUAUUUUCAACUCGCAAUUGCAAUGAAACAUUACAUGUUUGCAAGUUACAUCGAAAUUUAACUAGCUUUCCGAAACAAUCUCAA